AUGGAAGCCUCUAUUGAUCCCCAACUCGUUCCUCAGAUGACGGGAAGCAACUCCACGGCUUCCGAUGGUGGGUUGUAUGGUGUCUCCUCGGUUUACGUCGUUUUCUCGACAGUCCUUGCCGUGACAUUGGCGGCGUUGUCUUUCCUCAGCAAAGGGUCCUCCAAGUCAACGCCCUUACCAUGGGUGAACCGACCCAGCACCUUCGAUGUCCUGCGGAUGGGUGCGAAGUACCGGUUUCUUAUGGGUGCAGGAGACAUGGUCAAAAAGGGCUUCGAAGAUUUUAGCGACAGCCCAGGGUUCCGAAUGGUUGCCGAUGCUGGCGAGAUUGUCAUGUUGGAUCCCAAGUUCGCCGCGGAGCUUAAGAACGAUCAUCGUGUGGACUUCGUGAAGCUGUUUCUGCGGGACUUCCACGAGGGUAUUCCUGGCUUCGAUUUCACCCAGCAGGGCGCUCGCGACGCCAAAAUCCUGCGAGAGGUAACCAAAAGCCAACUUACACAUCACCUGAACUCCUUGUCGUCAGAAUGCGUCGCAUCCAUGCAAACUAUUUUUACGGAUAAUGAGGCUUAUCAUGAUUUGGAGCUUCGGCCGGCACUCCUUGAUCUCAUUUCCCGCAUCUCCUCCAAGGCCUUCCUUGGUGGCGACCCGCUAUGUCAAGACGAAGAGUGGCUGAAAAUCACUACUACAUACGCGGGCACAGUAAAUAAGGCAGCUGUGAUGCUACGCUUAUGGCCACGACCACUUCGUAGUCUCGUCCACUGGUUCUUGCCCUCGUGCCGCGAAGCGCGUACUCAAGUUCGGCUUGCACGUCGAUUAUUUGAGCCGAUGGUCGAGCGGCGGCGUCGGGCCAAGGCAGAAAGCCCUGAUGUCCAGUUUGACGAUACGGUCGAAUGGGCUGAAAAAGCUGCCAAGGGCUUGCCUUACGAUGCGUCCGCUGUCCAACUGCUGUUUUCGAUGGCCGCAAUGCACACAACCACGGAUCUUUUGACCCAGGUCAUCCUUGAUCUUGCGGCGCACCCUGAAGUUAUCGAACCACUUCGUCAGGAGAUCGACACAGUCCUCCGCGAAGAAGGAGGGUGGACCAAGGCGGCGCUUCACAAGAUGAAACUCCUCGAUAGCGUCUUGAAAGAGUGCCAGAGGAUGAAACCUGCUGCUAUCAGCGGCCUUCGAGGAGUCCUCAACGCGGACGUGACGCUCUCUGAUGGCACUCGUCUUGAGAAGAACACUUCCAUUGCCGUCUCCUCCCACCUCCACUGGGACGAGGCAACAUACGAGAACCCACAAAAAUGGGAUGGAUGGCGGUUCUAUAACCUGCGGCAGACGCCUGGAAAGGAGCACAGCUCGCAACUUGUCUCAACUUCUCCUGAGCACAUGGGUUUUGGAAUCGGAACCCACGCUUGUCCUGGCCGGUUCUUUGGGGCUCACGAAGUCAAGGUGGCACUUUGCCACUUUUUGCUUCGGUAUGACUGGAAGCUGGCAGAGGGGGUUGUGCCUCAGACCCGUACAUUCAUGUGGUCGCUUGUUGCGGACCCCAAGGCCAAGGUGUCGAUCAAGAGACGCUGCGUGUAG